AUGGCAUCGACCUACAGCGAGACUCCGAGCUACAGCCAAGACUUAUGCUCGCCCAAUCUCAGCUCCAGCCCCAGCAGAGGUUUAGGCCGAGGUCGCAAUGCCUCCUCGCUCCUCGAUCAGAUCCGUAGCCUCAGACAAGAACUGUCGUCCAAGAAAGAAGAGUAUGCCCAGCUCCGCCUGGAGUUCGAGGAGAAUAGAAAGGCAAGCCAAGUGAGUGAGAUCCUGCUGCGGGAAGACAUUGAUCGUGCCAUGGCGGAUUUGGCCAAGUGGAAGCGGAGGGCCGAGAGGGCCGAGAACAAAGUCGAGAGCUUUGAGAGAAUGGCAACGCGAGCUCAAGGAAUACGUGCGCUGAGUUCUGGACGCAGCCACGAUUUCUCUUUCGUGAGCGGCCUGCCCGAUGACAUUGAUAUUGGUGAACGUUCUCCGCAACACCAGCCACUGUCUACAAGGAUGAACCAGAGUGCAAGGAGAGCUCCUGAGAAUAUCCGACCUACGGGGACUUCCGUUUUGAUGGGUAGUGACUCCAUGUCAGAUUGUUCAGGGAGUACGGUCGUGAGAAAUACGGAGGGACACUGGGCUUCUGUCGAUGAGAUGGUCGAUCCCGCACUUAUGGAUGAUAUACUGUAG